AUGUCACACGCUAUAACUUCUUCAUCUGCGGUUGACGACUUUCCCAAAGAGAAACAGAACGACUUAAGUGACCUCGAGAGAUCCGAGGGCGAAGUCAUCAAUCAGGCAGGUCGCAAGCAUGAGCAUGCUCUAGAGCAUGCCCUGGCUGUCGAAGGAAAUGAACGUUUUCAUCGACUUGGUUGGAAACGUCUCACAAUUAUCCUGAUCGUCCAAUCUAUUGCCCUUGGCAGUCUGAGUCUCCCUUCAGCCUUUGCAACACUUGGUAUGGUCGCAGGUGUAACUCUGUGCCUUGGAUUGGGCUGUAUUGCCAUUUAUGGGAGUUAUAUGAUCGGUCUAGCAAAGCUGAAAUACCCGCAUGCUGCUCAUUACGUUCAUUUUGGACGCCUUUUGCUAGGUGGAUUCGGUGAAAAGCUUUUUUCAGUAGCUUUUGUAGCUUUGAUGAUAUUGACAGUUGGAUCUCAUUGCCUGACAGGGAAACUUGCUCUGGCUACGAUCUCUGAUAGCAGUGCGUGCGCUCUAAUAUUCAGUGUCGUUUCCGCUGUGAUCUUGUUUGCAUUGGCGAUUCCGCCCUCAUUUGCCGAACUUUCAAUUUUGGGUUUUAUUGAUUUCGCUUCUAUCAUCGUGGCUAUCGGUGUCAGCGUCAUCGCGACGGGUAUUCAAAGCACAUCAUCUCUAUCAACCUGGUCUGCGUGGCCUAAGAAUGACUUGACUCUGAGUGAGGCCUUCGUUGCUAUCUCGAAUAUUGCCUUUGCCUACUCUUUCGCCGCCGCUCAGCCGUCAUUUAUGGACGAAAUGCACACUCCAGCAGAUUUCACAAAAGCCAUCGGUACCCUGGGCGUCACCCAAAUGAGCAUCUAUACUCUAACUGGCGCACUCAUUUACGCAUUUGUGGGACAAGAUGUUGAGUCUCCAGCCUUACUUUCCGCAGGCCCUCUUGUUGCAAAGAUUGCAUUUGGAGUAGCUUUACCUGUGAUAUUCAUCUCGGGCUCAAUUAAUACUACUGUUGCUUGUCGCUAUAUCCAUGGAAAACUCUAUGUGAAAUCUGUGGUUCGCUAUGUCAACACCAUGAAAGGCUGGGUCACAUGGCUGUCAGUCGUUGUUUUGAUCACUACUCUGGCUUGGGUCAUAGCAGAAGCUAUUCCUUUUUUCUCCGAGCUGCUCUCUAUUUGCGGUGCCUUGCUUGUCUCCGGCUUUUCAUUCUACCUUCCUCCAACCCUUUGGUUCUUCUUAUUGAGAGAAGGAAGCUGCUUUGAUAAACACAACAUCCGGUACGCAGUCUGCAACCUGAUUGUUUUUCUUGUUGGAAUCUGUAUACUCGGAUGUGGUCUUUAUGCAAGCAUCACAGAAGUGGUAAGCUCUCGUUGCACCUUGUUUCAGUAUGUUAUUCUGACGCUGUAUCCUUGCAGAUUGUCAAAUUUAACAUAG